AUGGCGACAGCGUCGGUGCCCCUGCGGCAUCAUGUAUCUGUACAGCUGCCAUGCCCGACGCGUGAUGUGGCCACGACGAUUCAGCGGGUGAUCCAAGUGGAUAAGGAGCUACGCCCUCACGAUGUGCAAAAGAAGAUGGACAUAGAAGAAGGCGAGAAUGGCACAGUGACGCUGCAUGUGAGGAUGCAUGCGACGACACUUCGACAUCUGCGUCUUUCGCUCAACUCGUUCCUGGACGAUGCCGCCUUGAUUGUGCGCACGAUGGAUACGCUGCGCACAGGCGGCACGGAUCUGCAUACGGGCGCUGUAGAACAAGGGUCGGUAGGGUUGGCUGGAUAG